UGACUCCAAGGUCUGUAGAAUGGCUGACAAGUUGAAGCAAAUUGCUUGGUCUGCUAUUGACAACUCUGCCAUUGGAUUGCAAAGUUUGAGUGAAAAGAUAUGGUUGAACCCUGAACUGUGUUUUGAAGAACAUGAAGCUCACGAUGUUUUGACUCGUUUCCUAAGAGACAAAGGAUUCGAAGUCGAUGAGCAGUACACUUUGAAAACAGCUUUCAGAGCAAGAGCAGGAGCCGACGAUGGUGUUAACGUGGCAGUGAUUUGUGAAUACGACGCCCUUCCAAACAUAGGACAUGCUUGUGGCCAUAAUCUGAUUGCAGAGGCAGGUUGUGCUGCAGGCAUUGGUAUUAAAGCAGCUCUAGACACAAGCGAAAUACCGAUUGGCCGUUUGACUAUUCUUGGCACCCCAGCUGAAGAAGACGGGGGAGGAAAAAGUCUGAUGAUCAAGAAUGGUUGUUUUGAUGAUGUUGAUAUCGCUAUGAUGGUCCAUCCAAUGCCUGUUGAGAUGCCACAUGCACUUUUUGUUGCCAUACACCAGUGGGUAAUUACAUACUCUGGCAAGGCAUCUCAUGCUGCUGCAUUUCCUUGGGAAGGAGUCAAUGCACUUGAUGCAGCCAUAGCUGCUUACAAUGGAAUUUCAGUGCUUCGUCAACAGAUGAGACCGUCGUGGAGAGUACAUGGAAUAAUCAGCAAUGGUGGAACGAAACCAAAUAUCAUACCUGAGAAAUCAGAGUUACAGUACUUGUUGCGUGCCCCAACAGAAAGUGAACUAGAGACAUUGAUAGAGAAGGCAAGAGCCAUAUUUCUUGCUGCCGGUCAGACAACUGGAUGCAGUGUUGAUAUAAAGGACGAAGAUCACUGCAUGAAUCUAGUGAGCAACAAAACGCUCCUUGAUCUAUAUACUAGGAACUCACUUGACCUUGGUGUCCAAUUUACUCCUGAUCAUGUUCCAGGAAUCGGUAACAUUCAUGAUAUUCCUUUAGGAUCAACCGAUAUGGGAGAUGUCUCUUAUGAAGUUCCAUCUAUUCACCCAGUUUAUAGCAUUGGCACUCAUGCUUUCAAUCAUACUCGUGAGUUUACUGCUGCUGCCAACACAGAUUUUGCUCACGAACGGACAUUGGUGGCUUCAAAAGCUAUAGCAGGAUGUGCCAUUGAUGUACUGACAGACCCGGAAGCUCUUAAAGCAGUCAAAGAUAGUUUCAAACUGCAAAUGCAGCAAGUAUAAAUUAUCCUUCAGUUGAAAAUUCUGUGCUGGGAAGGGUCUAGAUUUGUAGCGACCGAAUAUCGUAAUUUUUAUAGCUUUUUGGAUUUAUUUGUUGAGGAAACAAAGAAUA